AUGUCGCAAGAACAUAAUAUUAAAAGAAACGCAAGAGGAGGAAAUAGUAAAAAUAAGCAGAACUGCUUUAAAUGUGGAUUACCGGGCCAUUUUUCACGUGAUUGCACUAGUGGAGGUUCGCGAAAACCUCAAGAGACAUCUAUCAAACCUAGUCCACAUCAAAUAGAGGAAAAUCAGUAUAAAACAUUGUCAAAUACCUUUAAUUCCGCCGAAUUGUCUUAUGGUGGGUCUGAUAAAAUCGUUUUCACCCCACCAGGAGAUGGGCUUAAAGGCGCAUGGAAAAGAUUUGUAAAGAAAGAAUUAACACACCAACAUAAAAUGAGACACUUUAUUACAUCAUGCCUUAUAGAAGCAGACAAGCCGAUGGGUUACGAGGUUGAAGAACUUGUAAAAGAAUUAGGACAGUCCGAAGGCCUGAACCGUAUAAGAGAAAUCGUCAUGUUUCCCAUGUCCGUGGACGCGGGACUUGCUGGAGCAGUUGCUUCUUUUCAACGUGUAAUAUUACCAUUCAUGGCGCUUCUAACUCGUUCAGGAAUUACAGAGUGUAUUAUGGAAAAAUAUGUUCAUGCAAUAUUUUCUGUUGUCUAUUUAAAUCUGGAUUCGUUUAUGCAUGAUGGAGUUAUCACUAUGUUAGAGACUUUAGUUCAAAGAAAUGAUAUUGUUGACAAAAAAGUUAACCAAUCUAC